AUGUUUCUUCAAAGCAAAGCAACAACUCGUAAUGAAUAUGAUACCAAUAUAAUUAAAGCAACAGCUAUUCGUGAAACAUUACCAAUUUUAUCAAUUCAUGACAUAAAACUUUUAUUAAUUCGUUUUGCUGAUGUACAACCAUGGAAUGAAGAUAUAGGUGGUGGUAACCGAGAAUUAAAUAUACGAUUGAUUCCAUGUGAAAUGAAUACAGUUUUUUAUGUUCCAACAUAUGAUGAUUAA